CAAAACCAAGAUGGCGGUGCAAGAGACAGCAUCUCAACUGUCCAUGGCUCUUAAAGUCCAAGAAUAUCCCACCCUGAAGGUGCCAUACGAGACUCUGAACAAACGUUUCAGAGCGGCUCAGAAGAACAUCGACAGGGAGACGAGUCACGUCACGAUGGUGGUUGCGGAGCUGGAGAAGACGCUGAGCAGUUUUCCGGUGGUCGACUCUGUGGUGUCGCUGCUGGAUGGGGUGGUGGAGAAACUCAGUGCCCUGAAGAGGAAGGCGGCCGAGUCCAUUCAAGCAGAAGACGAGAGUGCCAAACUGUGUAAGCGCCGCAUCGAGCAUUUGAAGGAGCACAGCAGCGACCAGCCGGCUUCAGUCAAUCUGUGGAAGAAAAAACGCAUGGACCGCAUGAUGGUGGAGCAUCUGCUGCGAUGCGGUUACUACAACACAGCUGUUAAACUGGCCAGACAGAGCGGUAUAGAGGAUCUGGUGAACAUUGAGAUGUUCCUCACAGCUAAGGAGGUGGAGGAGUCUCUGGAGAGGCAGGAGACAGCCACUUGCCUGGCCUGGUGCCACGACAACAAGUCCCGCCUCCGCAAGAUGAAGAGUUGUCUUGAGUUCAGUCUGAGAAUCCAGGAAUUCAUCGAGCUCAUCAGACAAAACAAACGCAUGGAUGCAGUCCGACAUGCAAGGAAGCAUUUCAGCCAAGCAGAAGGUGGACAGUUGGAUGAGGUUCGGCAGGUGAUGGGCAUGCUGGCCUUCCCAUCAGAUACACACAUCUCCCCAUACAAGGAUCUUCUGGAUCUAGCUCGUUGGAAGAUACUGAUCCAGCAGUUCCGAUAUGACAACUACAGACUGCAUCAGCUGGGAAACAACUCUGUCUUCACUAUCACUCUACAGGCUGGUCUGUCUGCCAUCAAGACACCUCAGUGCUACAAGGAGGAUGGCACCUCUAAAAACCCAGACUGCCCAGUGUGCAGUAAAUCUCUUAACAAGUUGGCCCAGCCUCUACCUAUGGCCCACUGCGCCAAUUCCAGACUAGUCUGUAAGAUCUCUGGGGAGGUCAUGAAUGAAAACAACCCUCCCAUGAUGCUGCCUAAUGGAUACGUCUAUGGCUACAAUUCCCUUCUGUCCAUUCGUCAAGAUGACAAAGUGGUGUGUCCUAGAACCAAAGAAGUCUUCAACUUCUCUCAGGCGGAGAAGGUCUAUAUCAUGUGAUCACUCAGAUGAAACAACUGAGUGUUGACAAGAUCAAAUAUGGCCUGUUGUCCAUCACUUGUGACCUGGCCUACUCAGAGCCACCUGUGGAGCUGUGAUCCAGUGCCCUUCUGCCCCCCACCCCCCACACCCCCCACAGACAUACCUGAGAUGCCCUUCAAGCCUCCCUGUCCCCCUUCCCCAUUCAUCAGCGCAUCCAGUUUCCCCUCCCAUUUGAUCUCACAGAAACUGGGCUCUUCUCCUUUCAGACUCUGUUUUAGAUGUGGCUAGAAGUCAUUUGAUCUGAUCCAUUCAAGCACAUGGACUAUCAACAUUGUCAUUAUCUUACAGGCCUUCACUCUGAAGAUUAGAGACAAGAGAAAAGGACUGAUGGGGUGAAAAACUGCUAGGUAGAUGUUUGAUUUUACUACAACAAAUAAAAAAAAAAACUUGUUGAGGUUACUUGGACUUUUUUUUUCCUUUUAGUAGUGGUGUUCCUUUGUUACUUAACAAGUGGCGGAGACGUAUUAACUCAAUGCAUUAACCAGAUUAACUCAAGAUUUGGGCCUUUUUCUAAACAAACAUGACUGCCUGUUCACAUUUCAUUAUGUGGUGCAUGCUGUCAACAUCCCUUUGUCUUCUAGCCAUGUUUUUAGUGGUUGUUGGAGGGAAAUUUGUUAAAUGCUUCCUUUUAAACUGCCUAACUUCUGAAUUUUAUCCUCCCGUUGACUGAAACUGGAGUCUAGUUUGGGCUGCAGUAGGCUCCUUUUCAAAUGUAAAUAUUAGAUAGGAAUUGAUCAUCCUCAUUUAUACAUUCAGGAGUUUUAGGGACAAGUUACGACAAUGAAGAUUAACCUUCUGUGAAGAUUGCUGUGUAAACUGAACAAGUCUUUUCUUGGGUGUUACAAACUUGAUAUAGCCUGCAGUAUCCUCAAGUUAACUGGUUCAGUAUAAUUUUUCAUUUCUGAAAAUCCUUAUAGUUUCACAAUUGGUGAUAUUAGUUACAGACUGGUGUUUUUGUUUUUUUUUUACCAUCAUGAAAUUUAAACAAACUAUUCAAACAAGAAAAAUCACCUCUGAUGUUUUUUGUUUUUUUUUUUCUUUCCAAAUGAACAAACUGUCUUCCUUUGUUGUGUGCGAGAUUUGGUCUUAACUUCAUUUCAAUCGAUGCUUGAUAUUUAUUUUGUCUAAAAAGGAGACCCUGGGUGAUUUUUGUCAAUUCAACAUUGCACAUCGUUUUAAUUUGAUUACUGCUUUCCCAAUGAAGAACAAGAUAACAAAAGGAGGGACUGUGCUCAUAGUUUUUCAUUCUUUUGUCUGCCUAUGCGAAAGCUGCUUGCAGCACCAACACUACAGGGUUUACGAAGCAUCAGCGUACACCAGCCUCAUCAUCACAUCCUUCAGUUCCCGGCACAUGCCCAACCUUUGUUUAGUACAUGGUUAAAACCUCCACAACACUGUUGAUUUACCAGUCCUGCCUUUACUAACAAAGUCAGAAGGAAAAUCUUGUGGUCACCUGAAAAUGUGACUCAUUCUCAUCCUUUAUGACUUUGAAACUUACUGUAGAUGAUGGUAUGUAAUGUGGAUAAACAGAGAAUGAGUUUUGACUUCAUUUUCAACAAAUCACACUGAAAUUUAACCCUGAACACCCAUAGAACGCAAUCCAAAAAUGCAGAUUUAUGUUUAACAUGAUCAGUUUUGUGGUCAGUCUUUUCUUUCAUCUGGUGUUUAUCGACAAACUAAGUCGCCUCAUUUGUGUCCAUCAAUGAUUUGGAACUGUAUCUGUGCAGACACAGACUGUCCUGUGUGUUUGUGUUGGUAGAAUAGAAAUAGGGAUUGUUUCAUGAGCAAUAUGUCUCAUAAAGAUUUCAGCGAACUUUGA